CGCACGCAAUUUCCCUUCCUUCUGCUUCUUGGUGAUCGACAUUGAUAUUUCAGGUCAUGUAUGUAAUUUGCUGUUAACUUCUUCGUAGUCAAUUUUGCUGUUUGCGAGAUAUUUUAAAUGGGAAUUAUAAUAAAAACAUCAACGAGGUUUCAUGCUUCGGAUUCUGCAUUUGCUGGGAUAAAGAUUGUGUAUAAUUUGGAACAAGGGAACCAUGAAAAGGUUGACUACUCUACUGGUUUUACUUUUUCUUGUUGGAGAAUUAUUAUUUUGAUGCUGCAAAAAUGUUUCUGACUUAUUUUGAUGGUACAACUGCCAAGGUUUAUGUCUUGGAAAAAGAAAAAAAGAAAAAAGAAAAAGAAAAGAAAUAAACCAUUGAAGUUUUCCUCUACUAUUCUCUACAACAGAUCUGGGUGAUUCUAAUAAUAAGAAUAUGGACAGCAUUAACACAAGUAAAUAACAAUAGUAGAAAAUAUGGAAGGAUGCUUCAUAUGGGGAAGGUUUAUCAGAGAUAUAAUAUAUGAGCAUGAUCAUCGUUAGUAAUUUAUUGAUGCGUACAGGGUGUUGUUGCCCUAUUGUCUCCCGGAGAGGCAAGCAGGCCAAACUGGAUAGAGGAGCUGUUGCUUAUGCUGUAGUAGAAGAGGGAGACUUCAAAUAAUUGCAUUUAUAUAUUGUAGAUCAUCCAGAUACUCCUCUUGUAUGUUUAGAAACUUAAAAUAGUUGGAUAAUGAGUUGGGAAGCUGGCAAGAGGGGGACAAUGUAUAAACAAUACAGAUAGAUUGUUUAGAUCAAAUCAAAAUCAUGUUACUUCUCUUUGAUAUUUGAUAUUGAGAUUCCUUCAUGUCCCCCUCACCCCCAUCAUAUAUAUUGAGCAGACUCCAACUGAAGGAAGGAAAAUUGCUACACAGAUUGUACAUUCAACUGCAAGACCUCUUUCCUAUUUGAGUAAAAGAUGGCUGCUACUUCAGUAAACCGAAAUUCUUGUCACCAUGCUCGCUCUAACAGCUUGCCGACUAGAACACACCCGCUCAUUUCAGAAUUCAAUGAGCAACUGAGCAGAUUGAGAGAUUCUGAAGCAACCUCCUCAUCUUCUACCUCAAUAUGCCAGAAAUUAAAUGGCCUUCAAGAUUUGCAUGAUUGUGUUGAUAAGUUGCUCCUGUCGUCGCAGUUCACACAAGCCUUAGCCCAUGAGGAGGAAGAGAAAUGGGUUAAUGAGCUGUUGGAUGGAUCUCUCAGGCUCUUGGAAGUAUGUGGUACUGCAAAAGAAGCAUUGCAGCAAACAAAGGAAUGCACGCAUGAAUUUCAAUCAACUCUGCGCAGAAGAUGGGGCAGUAAAACAGACCUUGCCAGGGAAGUUGAAAGAUACUUGAGCUCUAGGAUGGUGGUCAAAAAGGCAAUGCAGAAAGCCUUAAAGGGAAUGCAAAAUAAGUUCAAUUACAAGAACAAUGAAUAUGUGGGCAUGGUUAGCAUGUUAAAAUCGGUAGAAGCAGAAACUCUAAUGGUCUUUGAAUCCCUCUUGACGUUUAUAGGUGGAUCAAAGUUGCAAUCCAAGUUAAGCAGCUGGUUUUUGGUUUCCAAGCUGGUGCACCCCAAAAGAGCAUGUGAAGGUGAUGAAGAAACAUAUGCAAAUGAAUUUGAGAAAGUAGAUGCGGCAUUGAGAUUUCUUGUUAUCAAUCAAAAGACAAGCAAGUCUGAUCACACGGUGCAUGUGGAGAAUGUGCAGAACUGUAUGGGGAAGUUGGAGUCAAGCAUUCUAGAUCUUCAAGAAAUACUUGAUUGCCUGUCUAGGCAUCUGGUCAAAACCAGAGUUUCCCUUCUCAACACCUUCAACCACUAGCCCAAAAAUGGUCGUAGUCAGCCUUUGUUUUUGUAAAAAUCUGUAAAUUAUUACAAAGUCACAGAGUUUCCCAUUUCAUACUUGUACAUGAAUGAGACACAUAUUUUUUU